UCUCUCUCUCUCUUUCCUGAUGUCUGAAGAAGGAGGAGGGGGGCAAGGGAAGCUCCUGAGGCAGGGCCAGACCUGGGGCUUGUUUAACUCAGACAAUUCGGGCGGCGACGACCGGAAGCCGGUCGUCAAGCCGCCGGAAUCGAGCUCGAAUAGUCCGUCUGGCCCUGCGUCGAACAGCCUGCCGGGACCUACGAUAUCUGCCGGGGGGAAGCGGGCCCGGGAUGGGGCGUCCAAGAGCUCGUCCUCCAAGGGUGGGAGCCAUGAGGGAAAAGGCCCCAUCGAAUCAGAUCAUGAGAUGCACAUAUGGACUGAGAGGGAGAGGAGGAAGAAGAUGAGGAACAUGUUCACAGGUCUCCACGCCCUCCUCCCCCAGCUCCCUCCAAAGGCCGACAAAUCAACCAUCGUCGACGAGGCGGUGAAGUACAUCAAAAAGCUGCAGCAGAACGUCCAGACGCUUGAGAAGCAGAAGGAGGAACGGAUCCGAGGUGUGACCUUGGAGGAACCUUCGUCGCAGAUACAACGGAUGGAGACAACGACAAGGGAGGCAUUCAUAGCAGACCAGGUCAAGAACUGGGCAGCGGCAAACUCCCCAACAGCUGUCUCGAUACCUCGAUGCCGCUCCAGCUUCCAGACUUGGACGUCGCCAAAUGUGGUGCUGAAUGUGACGGGACCAGAUGCACACAUCAGCAUCUGCACUGCCAAGAAGCCGGGCAUCCUCUCUUCCAUCGUGUAUGCGCUCGAGAAGCACAAGCUCGAAGUCGUGUCGGCCCAAAUCUCCUCAAAUAUAUUCAGGAGCAUGAUAAUGAUCCAUGCCCAUGCCAGCGGAAUAUCUGAUCAAUUCCCUGAGAUGUUGAUGAUUGAAGACUUAUACAAAUAUGCAGUUGGCGAGAUGCUUCUCUGGCUUUCCCCGUGAUCAUAUUGAAGGGCCCCAUGCAAGCUUCUCUUUGAGGACAAGGCAUGCCUUCAAUGGUGUGCACCAAGGGAGAAAGGGCCUUCACCUAUUAUAUAGGGCUGGCCCCCUUCUUUAGGUUGAUUUAAGAAUAGGGUAUGUGCUUGUCCAUACUGUUCAGAAUUUGUUCAAUGGCAUGGGUACUGGUUCUGCAAACUGUGAUUGAGGUGGUGAACUGAACUAUUGUUGGUUGUUACAUAAAACUUUCAGCUUUUCCUGUGGGA